CUUUUUAUUGAGCACCUAUCUUUUCUAAUCUGGAUCUCUGUAUUUGCUUCACAACUAACAAUGAACGCCAUGUCCGCCUCUCCAAUCGAUCUUAUCGAAGAGAGUAGCAAUGGCAGUGGCAGCGACUCCGAUACGAAUCACGAAGACGCGCCUGAAUACUACCAGCCUAUCUCAGCGGUGGACGAUGACGACGAUGUGGAUCAAGAAGAUUUGGAUGAUCAAGUCAAUUCAGAUGAAGAACACCGCCAUCGUAACCUAUCUAAUGGCUAUAUCAAUCGAGUGGAAAACGGAAUCUCAUCUCUCCAUGUAGGCGGCGUUGCUACGGAGCGAGACGAAGAAGAAGAAGAAGAGAGGAGGAGUGAGGCGUCGGAUACGGCGAUAAGGAGGGUGUUUAGUGAAGAGGAGAGCCGCAGAAACGCGCCGUUAACGCCAGAGAACGCUAUGAGAGUCAGGGAAGCGAUGCGUGGGGUUUCUUUUGCUGGAUUGACUCCUGAUUGGGCCAAUCAAAUUCCUGAGGAUCAGUGGAUCGAUCAGCUUCGGAGUUUGAGGCAACCGCAGCGCCCUUCCAGUACUGUUUAGAAACUAAUCAGGUUUUGGUUUAUGAAUUUCCAAGUU